UCAAAGAGUGAGGGUGAUUCGCGAAAGUAUCAAUUUAAUUAAAAAUACGAUAAACUGGAAGGGAAAAUAAAAUUGGUAACAUGAUAAUACCAUUUGUGCGUCGGUGUAGGGCGUACUCGCGCCAGUUUCGCCUGCUCGACGAAAUUUAACUCCACUGUCAUAACCCACAUUCGUGUUACAAAUAUUGUUUUUUUCUAAGUUUCCGUGAUGCUGAAAUUCAAAAAAAUGGGCUCAGAUAAAGUGCCGUUGCUGCUCGUCACCGCUAACGUCGGAUCUAUAUUUGAGGAACCAACCACAAUGCUCCCGAUCUGGACGUCGGAGUUCCUCGCGGCAGUCGCUCGGAUGGAUCCCAAGUUCAUAGCGCUCCAUCUCCAGGAGGUCGGAGGGAAGACAUACGAGAAGUCCAUGCAGUACGUCCGAGACUUCGUGCAGAGGCUCUGCGACUGCCCUGAGCUGAGGCUGUACGAUAAAAUCAGGAUAUACCUGGAUGAGGAUUUCAGUUCACCGGAGAAGUUUACGGCAUUAGGCAACAUGUACUUCGCGCACUCAACGCUGACCGAUCUCAAGAUAUGGGACUUCGAACUCAAGUCGUACGUGGACGUGGUGGGGAGGGAGGUGAACAGCGGGAAUAUAGAAAAGGUCACCACCAAGGAGAAGGCUAAAUUCCCUCAGCAGUUCUUCCCGGAGUGCAAAUGGUCACGCAAGGGUUUCCUGCGCACGCGCUGGUCGAUACGCAACACGGCGGUGGAGUUCGUCAACAUACAUCUUUUCCACGACGCAUCCAACCUGCUAGCGAUGGAGCCUUUCCCCUCUGUGUACUGCCGAAGUCGACGGCGGGCGUUACGUCACACGUUACGUCAUCUCCACUCCGACGUUAACGCGGCGCCGUACUUCAUAUUCGGUGACUUCAACUUCAGAACCGACACGGGGGGCGUGGUUAAGAAAGUAACGGAAGAGCUGACAGCGUGCAGGCUACAGAACGGGACCAACACUGAGUCCUCCAAACUUCAGUUCCGGUCGAAAUCCGAUGAUCGCAUCGUGCUUACGGUAGCCAAGAAGGAGUUCUCGCAUGUCGAUCAUCAGAAGAUAUUCAGGGAGCCUUGGCUGCAAAGAUUCGACCGUGAGCUAGAAGCGCUAAGACCGCACUUAUACGAGUUUCCUGUGAAGUUUCCACCCACCUACCCCUUUGAAGAGGACAUACACCUCCCCACGCAUUAUAUGAAGACGAGAUGUCCAUCAUGGUGUGAUCGAGUGUUGCUGUCGCAGUCUGCGCGGUUGCUGCUGCAACACAACGAGCGACCGGACAACAGGCACCUGCACAGCUCGCGGAAAUCCGUAGCCGAUUCGUCUGAUAGUGGUAGCGGACGAGUGUCGUCCUCAGACACCAGUCCGGCGCGUUCUAGCUCGCCUUCUGCCACUGGCACGGCCACUGGCACAACUAUUGGCACGCCAGCUGGCACGGCGACUGGUACGCCAGCUAGUAACGCUAAUACGCGACAGUACCCCUGGUCUCCCAGCAAGACGCUGUCCAAGAAGGGCAGCAUGGCGGAGGUGGACGCGCUGUGCGUGCCCGCGCUUCAGGCGGCGCGCAAGAGCAUCGCCGACCCGACCGGCCUGCAGCAGGCUAUCAAUGCCAGGAACUCCGACUCCGACGCGUCACCGAACCGUCGGAAGCUCGUCCGGAACCAAUCGGAAGGGUCACCGAAGUCCGGAGAGACUUCCGCCGAGCUCCGGCGGUUGGUCGACCAUCCGACGCGGCGAAGGAGCGAGUACGGGAUGAUAGGGGACACGGCGUGCAUGGGAGAUCAUAAGCCGAUUUAUCUUCGGGUGAUGCUGCAAAGCGAUCGAGGUACUGUUCAGUGUUGCCAGAACACCCCCUGUGCAUUGUGCGCCUGCGGUACCCUAAAAACGCACAAAAAGCUCACGCGCCUACCUACGGACCCCGAUCUGUACUCCAGCAGACUAAAACUAGACGCGUCCGGAAGCUAUCCGGACAAAAUUCCGGUUGAAAACAAAUUAAAAAGAACUCGGACGGGGUCUCUAAAUGAGACCAUAUUUAGGAUACCCUUCGUAGAAAUCACUAAAGCGGAUUAUUCCAGUUACGACGGUAUUUUCGUCAAUGAUAUUGAUACGACACUGCUAAAUCCCAACCACUGCAAGGAACCGUACACACCAGAGAGCAUAGAGUCUAGGUCUCCAAACGCGGAUCCGUCGAAUGGUUCCGCCGAUUUGACAGUUAUCGACGCUUUACCGGAAAAAACGACACUAAACCGAGAUAAAAGCGUCUCACCCAUGCAGUUGAAAAGUCGACUGCAUGAGCUGCUAAAAGAGAACGAAGUCCCGCCUCUAGAGAGGUUGAACAGUAGGGAGUCUUGCAAGUCGGAGAAAACCGGGUUUUGUUGUUUAGCUCUGAAGUGCUACGGGUUCUGUAGGAAGCGCGUGAGCAAAGUGAACUGUAAAUGUAGUUGCUUAAAGUGUGCCACUUGAUGUAUAGUCCGUCCGGACUCGUGGUUCCUCAAUGGUUUCUGAGUUUGACGGGAGUUUAUCUAUUCGAUAGCGUUGUUAAUUGGUCAGUUGGACGCUGCUAAGCAUUUGUGUAUCGUCCCGCAAAAAAAUACGUAUUGAGUUAUAAAUGCGACUGCAUUUAUAUGCUACGUGACUACGUUUUUUAGAUAAUUUAAAACAAGACAGCAUUCGAAACUCAACAACAAGAAAAUUGUGGGUUAAUACACAAAUAUUUAACAGCGUCUAAUUUAUAGAUUAGGGUGGAUUUAUGUGCGACAGCAUGAACGCGGGGAUCGGCGGCUACAUUGCGAAAUCACAAGUAAAUAACAGGUAACCAUUUAUUUAAAUAGGGGCGCCGUCGCGCUAUCAUUUACAUACAUGUUCUUGUUAUCCCGCGGUGUAGCCGCCAAACCGCGCGUUCGGGCGGAUGCAUAUAAAUACAGCCAAAGCCAAUAAAAAAAAACCGGUUAUUUAAACUUCAAAAAAACCUCAGACACCGCACAUGUUGUUGGGACGACUUUGCACGGACUAGCCUUUGCCUUGAUAAAACCAAAGUUGAAUUUGACAUUCCAAAAUGUAUACUCUUUUUAUUGUAGGCAAAGGUUUGUUGAUCUUACGUAGUUUUAGUAUGGACGGAUCUACGAAUGUUGCUCUUUUUGUAACCAUUUUUUUGCGGAAAAGUGUCAUUUCAUUUUGACAGUCCAUUACACUAACAUUGAUAUUUUUUUACAACAGUUUUAUAACAAAUAUUUUGGACAUCAAGAUUACAUGAAAUGUUUGUAGAUUUGUCCUUAUUUUUGUUCUUUCGAACAAAUGGUUUUUACCAUUGUUUAACGCUUAAUACAAGUAAUUAUUUUGAAGCACGAAAUGUUAAUUAGUUAGUAUUAUUUUUAACGCUUGCAUUUGACUAUGUUGCAAUAUUAGUUUUUAAGAUCACUUAAUAAUUUUCGGAUUUAAAAUUGUCUUUGUUUAUGCAUAAAAAUUUGACGUCUAAUUAAAAAAGUA